AUGGAUUGGCUGAAGCAAAAAGGAUUCGGCGGAGCAUUCAUCUGGACACUAGAUUUUGAUGAUUUCAAAGGCAACAGUUGCAGCAAAGGCAAAUAUCCAAUCCUGAAUGCUAUCAAGACAGGACUUGCUGGCGCCAGCCCACCACCAACGGAGGAGCCCGGGGUGCGUAAUUUUUUCAGUUGUAUUCAAUCAAAAAUAUUACUUAGAAGCCCGAGAUUUUUUUUCGAAAAGUUAAAUUACAUCUUAAAAAAUAUUUUUUAAUU